ACUGUGCAUAUUUAAAAGUUUACUUAAGUUGCGUCUCGAAACUUUAUCAACUCUGCUAACUGCUUUAGUUGCGGUGCAGUUUUGAUUUCCUCACUCUAGCGCGUAGCUAUAGCAGGGCACUGUCGCGUGGCCGUGGAGCCAGCAUUCUAGUAGCAGCCGAGAGCCGAAUAAUAAGGUGCAGGAGCUUUUUGUGGGUUGUGGUGGAAGGCGGGACCCACGCCCCCCGCCCGGUCGGCGCCCCCAGUGUCCCGCAGACCGCGUCCCCACGCGCACGCGCCACACUGCGCGGGACCGACACGCAUGCCGGGGCCCACGGCCAGCACUCGACAAUACGCAAAAACAGAAACAUUCACUCUCAAAUGGGAGUCUUUGAAGACAGAGCACCGGGUAUGCACUGGCAACAAAGCGAGCGGUACCUGUCAAGCGCGUACGAACCAGGGGCCGAGUCCCCCGUCCCGCACGCCAGCACCCCCGACAGCCCCCGCGACUGCACCUCGUGCCGCAAGAGGGAGCCCCCGGACGAGUCCCCGGCGCCCCCGGCCGAGGACGCCUGCGCGGGCUGCGGCACCCGCAUCACUGACAGAUACUACCUCCUGGCUCUGGAGCGACGCUGGCACACGCCCUGCCUGCGCUGCUGUGAGUGCAAGAUGACUCUGGACUCCGAGCAGCGGUGUUACUCGCGGGAUAGCAAUAUCUUCUGCAAGAAUGAUUAUUUCAGGCUAUUCGGCUCGAAGCGGUGUGCGCGGUGCCAGGCGACCAUCUCCGCGUCGGAGCUGGUGAUGAGAGCGCGAGACCUGGUGUUCCACGUGCACUGCUUCUCUUGCGCGCUGUGCAGCACCCCGCUCACGAAGGGAGACACCUUUGGGAUACGGGAGUCGGCCGUGUAUUGCAGGUUACACUACGACACGAUGCCUGAAUACGGUCCCCACAUGGGGGUGCCGGGGCCGCCGCAAGUGUGCCCGGGGCCGUACUCGGGCGCGCCCCCCGGCCCGCACUACCCCCCUUACCACUCCCCCGAGUUCACCCGGGUGGAGCCCGACAUACCUAAAGGACCCUUCUACAACGGCGUCGCGGCGCCACCGCCCCGCCAGAAAGGAAGGCCGAGGAAAAAAAAGCCGAAAGACCAAGACCUCAUGACUGCAAAUCUUGAUUUGAACCCGGAGUACCUGGAGAUGGGGUUCCGCGGCGGCGGCGGGCUGGGCUCGUCGUCGCGCACCAAGCGCAUGCGGACCAGCUUCAAGCACCACCAGCUGCGCACCAUGAAGUCCUACUUCGCCAUCAACCACAACCCCGACGCCAAGGACCUCAAACAGCUCAGCCAGAAGACCGGCCUGCCCAAGCGAGUGCUACAGGUCUGGUUUCAAAAUGCGCGAGCGAAAUGGCGGCGGAUGCUGACGAAGCAGGGGAACAAGAUGCCGGAGAAGUGUUCCCCAGACGCGUCGCUGGAGAUGGACAUGUACCACGGGCCCAUGGGCUCCAUCCAGUCGCUGCCGGCGCACAGCCCCGCCUACAGCGUGAUGGGCGGCCCGCCCAGCCCCAACUCCAUGGACUGUCCCUAGCGGUACUUCCUGGCCCUGGCGCGGCGCUGAUGCCGCCCGCCCCGCGCCGCCCGCGCGCCCCGCACCCCCCGCGUGCCUGCACUCUGCUGCUGAACACCGUACUGUCGUAGCACGUACUUAAUGAUCGAAUAAAUAAUGCGUUCAAAGGACACUAUUCAUUGGUUGGAAAGAAAUAAUAAUUAUUUUCAAAAAUAAUUUGAUCCGUCCAGAAAAGGCGACAUGUUUUGAUAUGGUAUGAAAAUUUGAAAGGAUGUUGUGAGUUGUGACCCGACUUGAUUUUAACAAAGACAUUGAUAGCAAAUAGCAAUAUUUGCAACAUUCAUUGAUUAGACUAAGAUGUAAUUACGAGUUGUGAGUUCAAAUCAAAUGACAAAACUGCGGUAGUUGUUAUGUUUAGUCGAGCUAAACGAAACGUUGGAAAAAUUAUUAAUUAAUAUAUCUUUAUUUAUUUAUUGAAUAAUGAAAAUUAAUGUAUGUAGCGUUAAGUUGAUUAGUGAAAUGUGAAAAUAAUUUCCAGUAGUGAUUAAGUAAGAACGUAAUGUAGAGACGGUUGGUUGUGUGGUCGCUUGUAGAAAUUCAUACUGGAGACCAAGAAGUUCAUGUACCUAAGUAUUACAGGUACUUAGAAUUUUGUAAUAAAUUGAGGAUAAAUGGUAAAUUAAUGAAGUUGAAUGAAAUAGAAAAGGUCGAACUGAUAGCACGGUAAAUACGGUAAUAAAACCACUUGGAUGCCUGAUUUGUCGAACAAUCAAGUUGAUUUUACAAAUUUUUAUUUUGAUUCCGCUAUACUAUGGCUCCUAUUUGUAGAUUCAGAAAUGAAUGUGGUCCACCGUUUUUGCUCACGGGUGCAUAACAACGCAGACUGUAGGUAGGCUGUAGGACACUAUCUUAUUGUACUAAACUACCACUUUCUGUUACAAUAUUUUACUUAUUGAGAAUACUUCAUAAAUUAUGAUUAAAUUUGUCUGGAAUAAUGAUUAUUGAUUACGUAACUCGAGAGGACUCGAGUCAUAUAUUGUACCUAUAAUGCUAUCGAGUAAAGGGAUAAGUAUAUUUAAAGUUUUAGAACUUGUACAUAUUGAUUUUUUUAAGUAUAAGUAAUAUACAGAUACAGGGUGAAAUUUAAUCAGUGCUCUAGCCGAUGAUCAAUUUACUUUAACUAGGGUGAGUUGGCCUACAGUGGAUCAGUGUUUCUUCAAAACAUCAUCAUUCAGAAAGUUACACUAACUUAUCAAGUUUUUGCCGAAAUAAGAAUCCUCUAGUGGUAGUAAGUAGUUCUGAAGUUAUAAAGAGACAUUUAUCCACGUAGUAUUUUUUACUAAUGCCUACAUAGGAUUCAGUAUAUGUAGCUGCUAAAUUAACCACAAACUGUGUAUUUUUGUAUUUAACCUAUAAUUUAAACAGUGAAAAAAGCGAAUUCAAAGGUUUUUCAUAAGCCUUUUUAUUAAUUAAUAAAAUAGAAUUUGCCUUCCUAUUUCCCAUCAAAAUAUCGUUGUUAGGUCCAAGUGUAGGUUUGUCUAAACCGAUCUAGAAAUGAAUUUCGACAAAAAUUUGUAUGACGCGGAGCACAAACGUAUGCCGCUAGGUGGCGACUCUCCCGCGCCAUACAAAUUUGCGUUUACUCGCCAAUACUCGACCGGAGUAAAAACUCGCACUUCCCACGCUGUAUCAACAACCUUAAUAACUUUAUUUUUAUAGUAUUGAGUGUUACAGGAAUACUAUCCUAUUUUGUGAUAAAGAAAUUAAAUAUGUUACAUGUACCUAAAUCAUGUUAUGAUAAUGAAUUCCUGUUUAGGUGUACAAGUACAUGACAUGAACUAUUUCAAUACUUAAUUAUUUUUAUCAAAUUCAACUACGCAAUUACUGUAAAAUAUAUAAACGCAUUCAUUUGUGUUGUUGCGGAUGUGUUACUUUAACUCUUAUUAAAUGAUUAGGUUAUUAUUACUAAUAAUAUUCCAAAAAGUGUUCACAUGUAUGUUCUGCCUACCUACUUGCUUACCUACCCGUGAGCUGAUUCCGUAGUCGUUAUACCUUAGUAAGUUUGUAUACUAUAACAAAAAUACAAUUCUAGUUCCUUUUGUAUAGAUUUUAAUACAAUACCCGUGUUAGCAUAUUAAUUAUUUGUUUUAGUAAUAAAUAAAUUAUUCAAGCAAAAAGUGAUUCUGUGUACUUAUAAUCAUAAGUCGGUAUGAUUUUUGAAACAGAAACAAUGUUAAUAAAAUUUAUUUCAAACUUAAAUGUUUUUGUUUAACUACAAUAUUUUGAAUAUUUCAAACGACGUGCGAUUUAUUCAAGUGACUGUAAAAAAUAUAACGAUCUGUUAAUGAAAAUAAUAAAUGUAAAUUUUGUUUCUUUUCUCCUUCGCUCUAGGCAUCUUUUCAAAUGGUAAGUACCUAUGUAUCUAGAGCCGAUUAAAUAAUUUGACUUAGAAAAAUGUAGCUGUUGCACAGAUUGGUGUAUAUAGGGAUAUAUAUGUCUGUACAUGGACCAUCUGUUCUUCUUUCAGAAUUCACAACAAAAUCUAUGUGCAGCAGUGAGCUUUCUUGCUUUGUCGAUGUUGAAAAACAAAAAAAUCUGUAUUCUCUUAC